AUGUCUCGCCGCAAGCAAGGCAAACCCCAGCACUUAAGCAAACGGGAUUUUUCGCCAGCCGAGCCCCUCUCCACGGCCGUCGUCUCAUCGGAGGAGCUGUCGGAGCGCUGCUCGGAGCACUCGGAGGAGAGCGGCAGCCUCAACGGGCACCAUCCGGGCUCGACCGUGGGCCGGCUGGCCCGGCUGGGUCACGACCCUCACCCCUCUCUGGAGCAGGACCUGCUCACCUGCGGCCAGUGCCAGGCCACCUUCCCCCUGGCAGACAUCCUGCUCUUCAUCGAGCAUAAGCGGAAGAGAUGCCAUGGGCCGCCAUGCCUGGCCGUGGGCCGGGGGCUGGACAAGCCCCCAUCGCCCUCCCCCGGCCUGGCCCUCACCCCGUCCCCUGCCCUGGGUUCCCUGCGCAGUCGGAGGCCUGUGGAAGUGGGUGUCCAGGCCACGCUGGCAGAUGACGACGAUGACCGGCUCUCAUCACCCCGUCGGAUUUGCCCCAAACAGGAGCCCCUCCCAGGUAAGGAAGAACCGACCACCUAUACCUGCACUACAUGUAAGCAGUCGUAUGGCAGCGCUUGGUUCUUGCUGCAGCAUGCUCAGAACACCCACGGCUUCCGUAUCUACCUGGAAAGUGAACAUGGCAGCCCUCUCACACCACGCAUGGGUGGACCUUCCUCCCUGGGUGGGGGUGCAGACUGCCCUUCUCAGCCUCCCCUUCAUGGCCUCCAUUUGCCUCCCGAUGCAAGCCCCUUCAACCUCCUCCGCAUCCCUGGCUCAGGCUCAGGUGGACGGGAUAGCGUCGGAGCAGGGGGUGGACGUUUCCCUCCCACGCCGCCACUGUUCAGCCCCCCUCCAAGAAACCACUUGGACCCCCAUCACCUGAGCCCAGAGGAGCUGGCGCUGGCAGCCCACCACCCUAGUGCCUUUGACAGGGUCCUGCGCCUCAAUCCUCCUCUGCCCCUGGACCCCCCUCCAACAAUGGACUUCUCACGGCGGCUACGCGAGCUGGCGGGCAACACCUCAGGGUCCACUCCCCCGCUAUCCCCCAGCCGGCCCAGCCCCAUGCAGCGCUUGCUCCAGCCAUUCCAGACAGGAGGAGGAAGUGGAGGAACAGGAGGUGCAGGGGGCAGCAAACCUCCAUAUCUUGCUACCCCACCUCCUCUCCCAGGGGCAACACCCUCCUCUACCACCCCAAUGAAAUCAAAGUGUUGUGAGUUUUGUGGUAAGGCUUUCAAGUUUCAGAGUAAUCUAAUAGUGCACCGGCGCAGCCACACAGGAGAGAAGCCCUACAAAUGUCAUCUUUGCGAUCAUGCUUGUACACAGGCUAGCAAACUGAAGCGCCACAUGAAGACGCACAUGCACAAAUCCUCCUCGCCAAACACAGGAAAGUCAGAAGAUGGGCUCUCAACAGCCUCCUCUCCAGAGCCUGGCACCAGUGAGCACAUGGGAAGUGCAAGCAAUGCCCUUAAGUCAGUGGUGGCCAAGCUGAAAAGUGAGAAUGACCGCAUGCUACGUGAGAAUGGUGAGGAGGAGGAGGAAGAGGAGGAAGAGGAAGAGGAAGAAGAGGAGGAAGAGGAGGAGGAGGAGGAGGAGGAGGUAGAAGAGGGAGAGGAGGAAGAACAUCAAAACGGUGAGAGGGCAGCCAGAAGAAACAACAACAGCUAUCACUUUGGUUUGAACCUUGAAACAGCACGUCAGCAUGAAAACAACGGUGGUAUUGGAAGCCGCUUGGGAGGUUUGGGUGAUGAGGGGUCCAUCCCUCGGUCACUGCCUGAGGUGAUGCAGGGGAUGGGUCUGGCUGCUAGCAUGCAGCACUUCAGCGAAGCCCUAAAUGCACACAAACGAAAUGCCAUGGCCCAGGAGAACCACCUGCACCACCACCUCAACCGAGACCACCACCAUAAUCGUGAGAUGUGUGAUGGGGACUCUGUGCUGGAAACAGAUCGAGGGGAGGAGGGCUCUGUCUCAACAGUUAAUGGCCGGGGAGCAUCCCCUAACGAAUCAGCGUCUGUCGGCCUCUCUAAGAAACUGCUUCUGGGUAGCCCCAGUCCACUCAGUCCUUUCUCCAAACGCAUCAAGCUGGAAAAGGAAUUUGACCUGCCUACUCCCACAAUCCCUAACACGGAGAACGUCUAUUCCCAGUGGCUGGCUGGCUAUGCCGCCUCCCGACAACUCAAGGACCCUUUUCUGAACUUUGGGGAUUCCAGACAAUCGCCGUUCGCCUCUUCAUCUGAGCAUUCUUCAGAGAAUGGCAGUCUGCGUUUCUCGACCCCUCCGGGGGAACUGGAUGGUGGGAUGUCAGGCCGCAGUGGUACAGGCAGUGGGGGCAGCACUCCACACCUUGGGGGUCCUGGGCGGCCCAGCUCCAAGGACGGCCGCAGGAGUGAUACUUGUGAGUUUUGUGGCAAGGUGUUCAAGAACUGCAGUAACCUGACAGUGCACCGGCGCAGCCACACAGGGGAGAGACCAUACAAAUGUGAGCUGUGCAAUUAUGCCUGUGCCCAGAGUUCCAAACUUACACGCCAUAUGAAGACCCAUGGUCAGGUGGGCAAAGACGUGUAUAAGUGUGAAAUUUGUCAGAUGCCCUUCAGUGUCUACAGCACCUUGGAGAAACACAUGAAAAAAUGGCACAGUGACCGUCCUUUGAGUACCGAAAUAAAGUCAGAGUAGAAGGCCGAACUAUGGGACCUUUUCCCCACAGCUAUGUCCACCAUUAGUCCCCUGUUUAUUCCCAGCUCCUUGUAGAUUUGCCCCAACCCCAACACUCCACUUUCGCCAGUCUGGUGGAAGCUUAAGACCAUGUGCUCUGCACCAGCACACCCCGUUUCCAUUACCCAUUGAAUGCAUGAUCUGUAUCGGGGCAAUACUCUUGCAUUGACGCAAAACUUCGAGCCUUUCUCUUGUGCAAUAAUUUACAUGUUGUGUACAAUUUUCUUUUUUGAGUUUUCCUUUUCCAUUUUUAAGAAUUAGUCAGCAUGCAUAGUAUGUUUUUGCUAAUCAAAAAAAAGAAAAGAACUUGUCCCUGGUUGGUUAAUUGUUGAGUAAAUGUGUUGCUGUUUUUCUCUUGUUCUGUUUUUUCUUUUUAUUCUUCAAAAAGAGAAAAGACAAGAAAGAUACAUCCAUGCUGCAUACAUUCUGUAACACAUAU